CCUCCCGCCCGUCUCCUCUUUGGGGUGUGAAGGUGACGUGCGCAUCUUGUAGGGUGAGGUGGUCGGCGAGGUUCUGGCUGUCGCAGGGGGAAGAGUUUGUUUCCUGGCGGUUACCUUCUCGUGCUGCAAAGUUGCUGCUACGGGCUCCUAACUUCAGCCGCGUGCGGGUUGGUCAGAGCUGCGAUGUGACAUCACCGGCUGGAAGUGAAGUCUGUUUAUUGUGCCUCUGCCCGAGGCUGCCCGCUGAAAACUGGACGCAAGCGGACACUUUCCAUGUCUGACGUCUUUCCAGAAGAGUUUCCCAGCUCUUGCCACUUUACCGGAGAUGGUUCUGAAGCAAAAACACCUGGAUGGUUGUCUACGACAUGUAUCUGUAAGAAGAUUUGAAUCGUUUAAUCUGUUUUCAGUAACAGAAGCCAAAGAAAGGGAAACUGAAGAGGAAUUUGGUGCAUGGGUCCAAUAUACAAGUGUCUUCUACCCUGAAUACAGUAUUUCCUUAAGGCAUAAUAGUGGAUCUUUGAAUAUUGAAGAUGUUCUUACCAGCUUUGACAAUACAGGAAAUGUUUGCAUCUGGCCGGCUGAAGAGGUUUUGGCUUACUACUGCCUCAAGCACAGUGAGAUAUUCAGGGACCUUGCUGUGUGUGAGCUAGGGGGUGGCAUGACAUGCUUGGCUGGGCUCAUGGUUGCUAUUUCUGCAGAUGUCAAAGAAGUUCUGUUAACUGAUGGGAAUGAAAAGGCCAUCAGAAAUGUGAGAGACAUCGUCCAAAGGAAUCAGAAGGCUGGUGUGUUUAAGGCUCAGAAAGUAUCAAGCUGCGUUUUACGAUGGGAUAAUGAGACAGAUGUCUCUCAACUGGAAGGACAUUUUGACAUGGUUAUGUGUGCUGACUGCCUGUUUCUGGACCAGUACAGAGCCAGCCUCGUCAAUGCGAUAAAGAGAUUGCUCCAGCCCAGGGGGAAAGCAAUGGUAUUCGCCCCACGCCGAGGGACUACUUUAAACCAGUUUUGCAAUCUAGCUGAAAAAGCUGGCUUCUCUAUCCAAAGACAUGAAAAUUAUGAUGAACACAUUUCAAACUUCCACUCCAAGUUGAAAAAGGAAAACCAGGAUAUAUAUGAAGAAAACCUUCAUUACCCACUUCUGCUUAUUUUAACCAAAAGUGGAGAGAAGACUAAGCUGCUCAAAAGAUGAAGAAAACAUCAAGUACACAAGGAAUAUUUCCCAAAACCAGAAAUCUGUAAUGUGUGUAACAUGCAGCAAGCCACUGGCUUCCUGUCCAGCCCCCAAGAGGUGCUCCCGCCCCCGCCACCUCGGCGACAGUCCACGUAUGAUCAUGAAGCCCACCUGUCCUCACCCACAUUAUUCCCCAGCCAUCCUGGUCCUCUUUUCUCAGUCUGCUUGUUGCUCUUCCUGCACUAAACCUUUGUUUGUCUUUAAAUACCUAUAAACAGCCUGUCUGCUAUUUGAAUUGGACUUGUAAGCACCCUAAAUAUUUUUGCCUCUAAUUGAGACAGAAUUUCCUUUGGUGAUUGCCACCCCCGUUUUAAAAAAAUACCUUGGUCUUUGUUCCAUUUGGUGGCAGUAGUUUUUUAAUGUGUAAAACCGCAAACAUGACAAUUCUAUCUUGGUUAAUAAAAAUAAAGCAUUAUCUUUCUGAACU